AAUAAAUGUAAAAUUAACUACAUUUACAUAACGGACAUUCUAAGGAAGACGAUUUCGAAUCUAUACCUUCAAACCAUUUAAUGGACAUACACACACUAUUUAUUGCGGAUAUGGGAUGUAAAAAUGUAUCAACAUUUUUGAAUAAGUGUGAACAAGCAAAAUAUUUCCGAUCGCCGUUUCGAUGGAUUAUCUUCAACAAUGAAGACAAUAAACUUAAUAAGCAAAGCAGCAUUAUACCAAUAGCUAUUAAUCAAAUUAAAAUUUACCCAGAUACAGAAGUGAUUAACGUUAAAAAACUUCAGAACGAUUGUUACGAAAUAUACUUAAUCUACAAAGUUGAUGAUAAUAGUGAUUGGAAAUCUGAACUCUACGGUGUCUGGAAAUUAAAAGAUAGAUUACAAAAAUCAGACAAAAUGAUUCACUCCAGAUCUAUUCGAAGACUAGAUUUGAAUACACAUGAAAUUAAAGUUGCAUUUGUUAUUACUAACAAUGAUAGCUUGCACCAUCUCACUGAUGGCAUAAAUGAUCACAUAGAUACUAUAACAAAAGUGAACGUGCUCGCAACAAAUUAUUUGUUGGAUUUCCUCAAUGCUAGUAGGAAGUUUGUUUUCGUCGAUACAUGGGGCUAUCCAGAUAAUAAUACAUGGAAUGGUAUGACUGGUUGUUUGGCCCGAGGUGAAGUGGAAAUCGGAGGAUCUCCGAUGUUCUUCACGAUGGCUCGAUUGCCUAUAGUACAGUUCAUUUCGAGCCCUGUCCCGUCAAGAUCUAAGUUCGUGUUCCGGCAGCCGAAGCUUUCUUACGAGAACAACUUAUUUCUUUUACCGUUUCGUAACUCUGUAUGGUGCAGUAUUGGCGCAGUUCUCUUUUUUCUAUUCUUGGCAUUAUUUGGGGUUGCAUUCUGGGAAUGGAAGAGAAAUGAUCAUAACAUUGAUUCGAGAAUAAGUGAUGCGGGAACCUUACGAGCAAAGACAUCGGAUAUUGCAAUAUUAAUUUUUGGAGCAACAUGUCAACAGGGUAGUCCUGUGGAACUUAAAGGUACUCUAGGUCGUGUGGUGCUGUUGGAUCUCUUCUUGACGGUUUUGUUCCUACACACUUCAUUCUCCGCUAACAUAGUUGCUCUUUUGCAAUCAAGUUCAUCAAGAAUUAGAACACUGGAAGAUUUGCUCCAAUCGCGACUGAAAUUUGGCGUCCAUGAUAAUCCUUUCAACAGACAUUAUUUUGCGACUAUGGCCGAACCGAUAAGAAAAGCUAUUUACGAUACAAAGAUUGCGCCUCCCGGUGAGUCGCCGCGAUUUUUGUCAAUGGAAGAUGGAAUUCAGAAAAUACGUCAGGGACUUUUCGCUUUCCACAUGGAAACCGGCGUUGGUUAUAAAUUUGUGGAAAAAUAUUUCGAAGAGGGGGAGAAGUGCGGCCUCUACGAAAUACAAUAUCUACAAGUCGCAGACCCUUGGAUCGCUGUUCGUAAAAACACUCCGUAUUUGGAAAUGUAUAAAAUUGGAACUAAACGAAUAAUAGAACAUGGCCUGCAGUACAGAGAAAAUCGUCGUUUGUAUGAACGUCGACCUACAUGUAGUGGAAGUGACGGUAACUUCGUGUCUGUGAGCAUGGUUGACUGCUAUCCGGCGAUACUAGUGUUGUCCUAUGGCGUCCUCAUCGCAGUCUUUAUACUCCUUUUUGAGCUUCUGUACCGCUAUAAACAUAAUAUUUUUAAGGUUAUUCGAAGGAAAAAGUAG